ACAAACUCUUUAUUAAUGUCACAACAGAGAAUGAAGCUCUCACCACCACCACCACUUGCCAACAACGAACCAACAGCCACCGCUUCCGCCGUUAAAUCUUGUGGCGUCGGCGGUAGAGAGACCAGCUCGACGACGAGGCAUCCAGUGUACCACGGAGUUCGCAAACGCCGGUGGGGGAAAUGGGUAUCUGAGAUCAGAGAGCCCCGCAAAAAGUCUCGGAUUUGGCUCGGAUCCUUCCCCGUGCCGGAGAUGGCCGCUAAAGCCUAUGACGUGGCGGCGUUUUGUCUCAAAGGUAGGAAAGCUCAGCUCAACUUCCCCGACGAAAUCGACGAUCUGCCUCGACCGUCCACGUGUACGGCCAGGGAUAUCCAGGUCGCGGCGGCAAAAGCAGCAAACGCCGUCAAGAUCAUCGAAAUGGGAGACGAUGAGGUGGCAGAGAUAGACGACGUCGGAGGAGGAGAUGAUUUCUGGGAAGGCAUUGAGCUGCCGGAGCUAAUGAUGACGAGCGGGGGAGGUUGGUCGCCGGAGCCAUUUGUAACCGGAGAGGAUGCCACGUGGCUUGUGGACGGAGACUUGUAUCAGUAUCAGUUCAUGGCGUGUCUGUGAGUGUUGCUAUCGAUUGUGUCGUAUUCGUUAUACGUGUACGUUGUAUCGUUAUUGUGUUGCUAUAUUUUUAUUUAAUGCAUUUGUAUAUUUUUAUUUUUAUUAUUUUUACGUGAUUAAAAUAAUUAGAUGCACCUGUUUCUUCAAAUUUUAAUUAUCCUGUUUGUAUGAUCUUGAAACACUAGUA